AUGCCACUAAAAUUAAAAAUCAAUAAAAUAUAUAUGGAAAGAAAACAAGAGAAAACAUGAAAAGCGAUCAAUGAUACUGUCUCACAAGGACCAAUCGAUAACCCUUCAUCGAGAGUCAGCAAAGCACUGUCCCAACUAAAAACUAUUAAAAAAGAAGCCUUUAUUCCAAAAACUCCAAUCGUCGAAGAAGAAGACGAAAAAAAAUACUUAACAAAAGGCGUUUUCCACCCAGAAUCACUUUUCCGGGUCACUUGGGAUAUUUUUUCUAUGAUUUUAAUUAUUUAUAUCGCAAUUUCAGUCCCGUUUAGAAUUGGGUUUAGUGUCCCAAUUCUUGGAUGGUGAGGAUAUUUUGAAUUUAUGAUUUCCAUAAGUUUUAUGGUGGAUAUUUUAAUCAGUUUUAAUACGGGGUUUUAUUCAAGAGGGUCACUUAUUAUGAAUAGAAAAGAAAUUGCGAUUUUUUACUUGAAGGGAUGGCUUAUUGCAGACGUUGCAUCAAGUAUCCCGUAUACCUGAUUUACAAAUGGAGUGUUUGAAGAAGAUGACUCAAACGGAUCUAUAUAAUUUAUAGUAAUUAGGAAAUUAUUUAUUAUAAAUAUUGUUCUGUUUUUAUUUUAGAUGAUAGAUAUCUUAUUAAUAGUGAAUUUUUUAAAUUAUUAAAAUGGAAUAGCUAUAGCCAGGCAUCCAGGCUAUUGAGAUUUGUGAAAAUUUUCAAAUUUUUAAGGAUUCUUAGGCUUGUAAGGAUUGCUAAAUUGAAAAGAAUUUUGAUUAAAUUAGAAGAUUAUAUAGCAAGCAAUACAAUAGCAACAAUAUUUGUAUUUUUAAGACUUUUAGCAGUGGUUUUCUUUAUUGCACAUUGAACUGCAUGCUGGUGAUUUUUCUUACUUCCUCCUCUUGAGCGAGCAAUGGGGUUAGUUUUUUUUUUAAAUAAAUUUUAUAGCAAAAAUUUUUUGUCGGCAAAAAUAGUGAUAUUCCAAUGGUUUUUUUCGUUCACGAAGGGGGGAGUUAGGAUCUUAUGAUAUGUCAAAUCACCCUCAAACAUGAAUUACGGCUGCAAAAAUUGAUAAUAAAUCAAAUUUCGAAAAAUACGUCACAUCACUGUAUUGAGCGUUCACUACAAUGACGACUGUAGGAUAUGGAGAUAUUGUCCCAUUAACAGUAAGUGAAAAAAUUUAUGCUAUGUUUUCUAUGAUUGUAGCAUGUGGUGUGUUUGCAUAUACUGUUGGGAGUAUUGGAUCAUUAGUAAGCAAACAGAAUGCUGUAGAAAAUGCAUAUAGAGAGCAAGUCGUGGCUGUAAAUCGAUAUAUGAGAAAAAAAGACUUGCCUCAUGAUUUACAGUUCAGAGUAUCUCAAUACACAGGAAAGCUGAGGUGCCUUUUUUACCGCCUUGUCGCUACUCUCACAUGAAUGCUAGCCUCACAAUGCGGCUCUUUCCUCUAAUCCCCAUAAACCAUUCGGAAAUCCAAAAGUAUCGAAAUAUUAGCAGCUUGGAGGACUGUGUCGCUCUAUCCCAUUUCCAACUCUUAUCUACUCUAAUGGGGUUUCCCUUUAGAUCAACUGUGGCAAGAGUUAAAGCACGAUACACAAAGGAUGUGGGUUAGAGCAACACUAGCCAUUUUUUCUUCCUUUGUGCAAAAUUCGACAUGCAAAACCUAUUUACAGUUCAGAGUUAUGCCUUAUUACAGAAGAUGAAUUAAUGAUGCAUUGUAUAAAUAAACAUAACUUUUACAGUAAAAUUAAAAUUACUUUUAUUAUCUAAAAAAUAUCUUAUAUUAUCUAGAAUAGAAGAUAUCUUGAAUAUAUAUGAGAAAAUAAAAAGAAAAGUAAUUUAGACGAAAAACAAAUUUUAUCAUUACUAUCAGAGCCUUUAAGAGAUGAAAUUUACGCACACAUUCAUGGAGUCAUCAUUAAGCUUUGCCCAAUCUUCGAAAAAUAUGAAGCACAUUUUAUAUCACAGCUAACACGAGCAUUGGAAAGUGAGACAUAUGCUCCUGGCGAUACUGUUAUUGAAGAAGGAGAAAUGAGCUCUAAAAUGUAUUUUAUACAAAAUGGAAGAAUUGAUAUAUAUCAUCAUCAAACAAAAUCCACAUUUAAAGAGCUCGGCCCUGGCGAAUAUUUCGGUGAAAUUGCGUUUUUUACCGAAAAACCUCGCUGUGCAUCAGCAAAAUGUCUUGACUUUGUAGACUUAUUAAGCUUAUCCAGGAAUAAUAUGAAUAUAUUGCUAGAAAAGUUCCCAGAAGCCAAAGAGGCUACCGAAUUAAUUUCAAAAAAAUGCGAAGAUGGAGACUAUACAGCGCUGCUUGUAAAAUGCUAUUUAUGCAGAGAACUUGGGCAUGUCUCUGUAAGAUGCAAAAAAGUAUUAUUAAAUCUAGAUCAUGAAGAAACACGGAAAAAUUGGCUUGAAAAGCGAGGUGCCCGAGAAACCAAGUACGUUUAUGCCAAUAUGGACAGAGAGCCUAACUAUCAAAGAGUUCCUCGAGGGCAAAUGCCUUUAUACUACAAAGAAAUAUAAUGGUGACGCUGAUGGAAAGUGGACUCUGAGGCACACUCCUUAUGGAGCAGGUAGGAUCCAUCCUGAUGUGCUGAAAGUAGGGCCUUUGUCCCUAUAGAAGUAGGCCUUCAGGCUUGGGGCUGCCUUGCCGAAGAAGGAAGUUUUAUUUCUCCCCAAGGUUUUCCCUGUCCCUACCAGAUGGGCUAGAUAGGUUUUACUUACUACAUGGUCUUUCCUCAUCGGGACCAUCGGGGCGCUAUCUAAGAGCGGCUCUGUCCAGGCGACCUAAUCCCCUGGACAGGUGGCUCAGGUCAGAAAUCCAAGAUGGUGUCCUCUGAUGCCAUUUUAGAGCCGAGACAGGGCAAAUCGUCAGCGUUUGCGGGAGCACUUAUGGCCGGCUGCUUAAUCACUUAACUUUAUACUACAAUUCCCGAAAUAUCGUUGGCGUCCCCAGGCCUACCAUUAAAAUGUUUCCAAACGAUCCCCAAAUGUAUCCUAAAAUCAAAAUUUAUAAUGAUAAAUAUAUACAGACCCAAAACGCGACAAAUUCCAGCACAAACGCAAACUCCAGCUACGAAAACCAGCAGCCAAGCACAGACUCUUUUGUUAGAAAAUCCAAGCCAAAGUACACUAUGUUUUAUUUAGAUAGUGAAGGAAAUGAAAAUGAGGUUGAAUUAGAGGAGGAAGCGGAAGAGGAAGAAAAUUCAAGGAGCAAAAAAUUUAGAAUGUCACUUGUUGAGCAAGGGCAAUUCCCUGACCAACAACAAGAAAAGACUUCUAAAGAAGCAGACCCGGUUCCUCCGAAGAGAGCGUCAAAUAAGGUUUUACCUUUAAUUGAGCUGCCAAUUGAAGAAACUCCUAUGAAUCGGCAGCCUGUAAACACUCCAGAAAGCAGCUUUUCUGAAGAUGAGUAA